CUUUAUUUUAGCAGCGAAGUGAUUGGACAACGAGAACUGUCAAUCACACAUACAUGCCAUUCCUUCCGUUGUGAACUACGCUGAAAGAGUUUUUUGCAGAUGUGGUUCAGCAUAGACAGUUGAAACAGCAGGACACCACUCGGUACCAUAACUUAAGUUUUCCGCCGAAUAUACAGUCACGAUAGGAAACGGUCUUAGUAAAUGGACUGUGGAGAGUAGCUGCUAACGAACAGAGAUUGAACCGUCGUAAUACUUUCUUUAUCCGAUUUGCGAAUCGACUGUACUCAGUCUGCUCAAGGUUCCCUGAACGCGAAGAAAAGAAAAUGCCUGUAACAACUCUUCUACCGUUCACGGCGACCCCGAAUAGGAAGUCUGCCAGUCCGACGUCUUUUCGACUGACAGAAAAAUUCAUUUUGCUGUUAGUUUUUAGCGCUUUUAUCACAUUAUGUUUCGGGGCAAUCUUCUUCUUACCGGAUUCGUCGAAGCUGCUUAGCGGAGUUUUCUUCCGCUCGGCGUCGGUAGAAACUGCCACUCGAACAGGUAUAGAUAGUGGUUCUAUCGGAACGGGAAAUGCUGAUAAAAUGUUAGCUAAAAUUAGAAAAGAUCACGAAGAUGCCUUAAUCGAAGCUAAAGACACGCUCCAGAAACACCCUGAAGAUAUCAAGAAAGACAUCAAGAACGACAAGGAUCAAGUUGCCCAAGGUGUAGUUCAAGGCGGUAAAGGUGAUGGUCUACCGAUUAUUGAAUACGUUCGACCACCCGGAGUAAUAGGACGCGAGCCCAUCGACCCGGACACCAAAGAGAAAAGGGCAAAAAUAAAAGAGAUGAUGCAGUUCUCCUGGGACAAUUACAAGCGGUACGCCUGGGGGUUCAACGAACUGCGGCCCGUCUCCAAGCAAGGACACUCCAGCAAUUUGUUUGGGGGUCUGAAGGGGGCAACUAUCGUGGAUGCCUUGGACACUCUUUACAUCAUGGAGAUGUACGAGGAGUUUGAAGCUGCUACUGAGUGGGUGGUGAAAAACCUUGACUUUAAUAUGAACACAGAGAUCUCGGUGUUUGAAGUGAACAUUCGCUUUGUGGGAGGGCUGCUGUCUGCCUACUAUCUCUCAGGCAAAGAGGUGUUCAGGCAGAAAGCUGUGGAGUUGGGGGAGAAGCUGCUGCCUGCGUUCAAGACCCCCACAGGCAUCCCCUGGGCCCUGCUCAACAUGAAGAGUGGUAUCGGGCGUAACUGGCCGUGGGCGUCUGGCGGCAGCAGCAUCCUGGCGGAGUACGGCACACUGCACCUGGAGUUCAUGCACCUCAGCAAACUGUCUGGAAACCCCGCCUUCGCCGAGAAGGUCAUGAACAUCCGGAAAGUUCUCAACCGGCUGGAUAAGCCCUCAGGAGGGCUGUACCCCAACUACCUGAAUCCCAACAGCGGCCAGUGGGGUCAACAUCAUGUAUCGGUGGGUGGACUGGGAGACAGCUUCUAUGAGUAUCUGCUAAAGGCCUGGAUCAUGUCUGACAAAUCGGACGAGGAGGGGAAGAAACUCUACUACGAUGCUCUGCAGGCCAUAGAGAAGAACCUGAUCCGCAAGUCCAGCGGCGGUCUGACCUACAUAGCGGAGUGGAAGGGUGGUCUGCUGGAGCACAAGAUGGGCCACCUGACGUGCUUCGCCGGCGGCAUGAUCGCGCUGGGCGCCGACGGAGCUCCUGACCAGCAGACGGGUCACCACAUGGAGCUGGCCGCCGAGAUCACCCGCACCUGCCACGAGUCCUACGCACGCACCAAUUUGAAGCUGGGUCCGGAGGCGUUCCGCUUUGACGGGGGUGUGGAGGCCAUCGCCACGCGUCAGAAUGAGAAGUACUUCAUCCUGCGGCCGGAGGUCAUCGAGACCUACAUGUACAUGUGGAGGUUCACCCACGACCCCAAAUACAGGCAGUGGGGCUGGGAGGCUGUGCAGGCUCUGGAGCAGCACUGUAGGGUGGAGGGGGGCUACAGUGGUGUGAGGGACGUCUACGCCUCCAACCCCAACCAUGACGACGUGCAGCAGAGCUUCUACCUGGCAGAGACGCUCAAGUACUUGUAUCUGUUGUUCUCCGAGGACGACCACCUGCCGUUUGAGCACUGGGUGUUCAACACAGAAGCCCACCCUCUUCCCAUCAUCAAGAAGGACUUCAGGAGCAAUCAGGCCAACGAGGUGGAGUAACCAGCCAUGGCCUCUGACCUCUGACCCAAGAUGGAACUCAGCCAGAGGGUUAGGGUCCCUGUGAGCCACACAUACACCCUCCUCCGCCCCCUCUGUCCCCUUGUGGAUCUGAGAUCUGUGACCUCUGGCAGGAUGGCAUGGCUGCGGAGCUGUCCCUCAAGUCUGUCCUCCAGAGCCAGUCUGUAAUUCAAGGGCUCAACCUGAAGCAUUCGUGGGCCCCCAACUCUAACCUCUUAGGCCCACCCUGACCCUCUUGGCUCCAUGGAAAUUCACCCUGACCCUCUUGGCUCCAUGGAAAUUCACACUGACCCUCUUGGCUCCAUGGGAAUUCACCCUGACACUCUUGGCUCCAUGGGAAUUCACCCUGACACUCUUGGAUCUAUGGAGAUCCACCCUGACAACUCUGAGUGUGUGGAGGGUCUCUGGAGGUCUGCAUGCUGCCCCUUCUUCCGACCCUUGACCCCCUCGCUCAACCUUUCCUCCCCACACUUCAACCAAGUCCUGACUCUGGGCUUCAUUUUGGAAGAGGUCCAAGAAAUCCAUACCUCCUCUGUGAGGAGACCUUUUGGGCUGUUAAUUCAUCUCGCCCUCUCUCUCUCUCUCUCUCUCUCUCUCUCUCUCUCUCUCUCUUUCUCCCUCUCUUACUCUCACACACACACACACAUACAGUGCACACACUUUCUGUUUGUGUAAACCAUACAGGAUUCAAGGCUUCAUAAUGUGUUGUGUCUUUGGUUGUCGUUUUGAAGUUAUCUUUGUUUUCCUAAGGGUGGGGGAUCUUUGUUUGUUGUGGCUUUUGUUUGUUUGUUUAUUUGUUUGCUUGUUUUGGUUUGGUUUUGGAGUCCAUCAGCUUGACCUUUCAAGGUCUCCGUUUUCCUUGUGUUCCAAAGUGUUGGCUUUCUAAAAGCUACUUAUGAGGAUCUCGGAGGACUUUGCUUUGGGCAGACUUGUCAGACAUAUUGUUUUUACUUUUCUUCAACCCCAGCUCUGUAGUGGUCUCCAGUCAAAUAGUGCCUUUUUAAUCUCAGAAAUAGCUCAAAAUGUUAAUUUAUUUAUUCCCAGCGGAAAUGAACUGGGAUUCGCUUGUGUUGUCAUUGUUGUGAGGUUUUUGUUUGUCUGUCUGUCUGUUUUUUUUUUUUUCUGAAUGCAGUUAUCAUCUGGCACUCGGCCACUCCUAGUGACCUUUUGCGUUUGGCGUCAACUGCAAGGGAGUUUAAGAAGAGAUUCCACACAAGGAGUUGUGCCUCUUUCUUUCAUUCCAUCUCUCCCUCCCUCACUUCAUGCCUCUCUCUCUCUCUCACACACACACUCUCUCUCUCUCUCUCUCUCUCUCUCUCACACACACACACACACUC